UUCUUUUUCCUUCUUUUCUUCCUUCCCUCCCUUCCUUCAGUUUCAGCUUCUCCAGAUGCACGUAGCCUAUCGUCGUCACCACCACCACUUGGAAUUCCCCUCUUCUUCCCACGACCAUCGUCCUCCUCCGCCUCCACCUCCGCCGCCGCUGGAUUCAUGUAUACCGCAAUAGCCGUCUCUGAGUUUCUCCGUUCGGGUAUUCUCGGCGCCGGCUAAUUUUUAAAUGGUUAUCCCGGGGAUCCUAGGUUUUUACAGCGUAUUGCUGCUGUCUGUGCUCAUUAUCUUCCUCUUUAUCCGCUAUAAAUGGAGGAAUACGGCGGCCAGGAAGGAGGAGGUCAUGCACCUCCUCGCUCAAGCCUCCAGGGAAUCCGCCUUGGCCGAGUUUCAAGUUGCCGCCGGAUACAGUUCGUUCCCCAAGGUCUACCAAUGUGCCGUGUGUUUUUCGCCAACCAUCACGCGUUGUUCUCGGUGCAAAGCCGUUUAUUACUGCUGUGGUAAGUGUCAAAUCAUACAUUGGAGGCGGGGUCAUAAGGAUGACUGUCGUCCCCCAACUUCUGUCGUGAACUUUAAAGAGGAAACAGGGUUUGAUGGGAAGGCAACAUCACAGAAUCAGUUUGAAAAUUGUGGCGAUGAUUCUGGGGUACUCAAAUCUAUGGUGCAGUCUGAAGAGCUGUCCAUGAUAGAUAAUGAUGAUAACCUGCAACCUCCUGAAGAUGCCACAGGAAAAGAUUCUGGUUUUUCAUUGUCCCGUACAAUUGAUGCCAGGAGUGAAUCAAGUGUUCAUGCUUCCUCAAGUGAGUUACUGGGGUCUAUGUCAGCUGAUAGUCCAGAAAAUUCUAUAUCUGUUGAUGCUGCUUCUGGUAUUCAUAUUAGGCCUCAUGUUAAACAGACGAGAUCAACGCAUUCAGAUUGGACUAAUUUGGCCAAUCACGAGAAUAAUGUCCCUUACAUGAGAAAGUUAAACCAGCUGAAAUCUAUUCAACAUGAUGAGCAGGUUGAUAUGAGAUCUCAUAAUCAAGAGGACAAAAUGGGCAGGUCCAGUGAUGUCCAGGCCGAGAAAUUGGGAAACAAGAAGUCUCCUAGGGCAACCACUUCACAAGAAAUUUUAGUUGAGGGUACUUCCAGGUUCAAGAAUUCACCAUCUGUAAGCUGCUUGAGGUCAGAUUUUGUAACUAAGGAUGGGCAUGAAAAUCCAAAGAUAUCUAGAGGUAAAAAAGUUAGAUCUUUGUCAUUUGGUGCUUCUGGUGAUUUCCUAUCUUCAGCCACAGGAGCACAUGCUGCCACUACUUCCGUAUCUGUAUUACCUGCAAAAGUUAGUGGUGUUCCUAACUUCCCACAACGAGGUUAUAAUGGUCUGAAAGCAUCAGUUUGGAAGGUUGCCCAACAGUUUAGACCCUCAAAAUCAUCAAAAUCCUAUUGGUUAGGUUCUGGAAGUGAGGUGACUGGAAGAUAUACUUGCAAGAUUAUCUUUCCAUAUGAACUGUUUGUGAGACUUUACUCCUGUGAUGGAGUGGAACUAAGCCCAUUUGGCCUUAUAAACUGUGGGAACAGUUGUUAUGCAAAUGCUGUGCUUCAGUGCCUGGCAUUUACCCGGCCACUUACUUCCUAUCUCCUUAGAGGGCUUCAUUCCAAAACUUGUCAAAAGAAGAACUGGUGUUUCAUAUGUGAGCUUGAAAGUUUGAUUCUGCAGGCGGUUGAAGGGAAGUCUCCUUUGUCCCCAAUCGGAUACUAUCCAAAAUUCAAAAGAUAGGAAAAAAUCUCGGCCAUGGAA